AUGGCUGCAAUCCCAUCAUUUGCCUUUCCAGACAUGGACGCGUCGCAGCUUGAUGACAAGAUGGACGUAGCCUCUUCGCCUUUUCGACAGCCCGACGAUAUCGACAUCGACCUCGAUUCAGUCCGUGAUGUUUCCGUAAUUGGCUCCCCCCACGACGACAUGGUUGAUGACCCUGCGGAGCCUCUGAAUACCGCUCCCGAUGUUAUGGAAGAUCAACUCGAUGAGAUAUUGCCGGAUGAUGAUAUGAAUGACGAACAGAACGUAUCGAUGCUAACCGAGCAAGCUGAUCUGGACUACAACAUGGAUGCCUCUAUCGAAGAUGCUCAAGGUGAUGAAGACGAAGAUAUCUUGUAUGAAGAUGAGGAAGACAUCAGUGCCGUUAUACAAGACACCGAAGUAGUUGCUGAAUACAACGCAACUGAGGAUCAGCCACAGGUUUAUCAAGAGGUGGAAACAGACAUCAUCCUGGAAGAACUUGGAGACCAACCUGAACAACAAAACCCCACGGAUAUAGAUACUAAUCCAGAUAAGACUCUCGCCGAGGACGCAAGCGUUGCGACCCCAGGAGAAGACGCCACGCAAGUUCAAGAUGUAAAUCAGGUUUCAAAAGCUGAGAUACCGGACACCUCCCGAGAAAUUGUGACUCUUCAACCCGAGGCGGACCAAGAUCCCGAGCAAGCGCAAGGUGAGCAGCGUGAUGAUGCUGCAGAACCCCUAGACCAACAUCCGGAGGCCGCGACUGGUGAACCUGCUCUCUCUCUCUCUGAAAGUGGUCAUCCCGGAGCUGACACUCAACCCACCACCGAAGCAAAUGAAGUCGAGCCCCAAGACCAACAUGAGGAGACGGUCAAAAACGAAGACGACAGGGCAUCUCCCACCGUGCACCCUGUGACGCUUGUUUAUCUAGAAGAAGAAAUGUCGCUUUUCCCGCCCAUGAUCGGCGACGCGUCUAGCGUGUAUUUCCUGCCUGAUGCUUCAUUGGCCUUCGAGCCCCUGGACAAAUUACUGGCAGCCUGCCGUGAGAUUCUGACGGGGACGCUGGAUCAUGAUGAUGAGCUCGUGCUUGACGUGCCUGGACUAGGUCUGCACAUCUGCGAGGAUUCCAAAUAUGCUACUCAAAUUACGCUAUCUCAAAUUCUCGACGUCUACUUGCAGCUAUGCAAUAACCACGCAGGUCAAGCGGCGCAACCUCUGUACUGUCACUUGAGCAGCCGAGUGAGCCUGGCAUCGCAAUACGCUUAUCUCUGCUCUGCAGGAGCUGAAGGAAAGACCUAUGCCGAGAUAGCCGCCGACCAUUCCGAAUCUCCGGAGCUAGGGGGAAGUGAACAAGAAGCCAGAAACUACGAAGGACGUCAAAAUGAAGGCGAUCAUUCACCAGCUAAAGGAGAGACAGAGGCCGCUGCAGAAAGCACGCACAGCCAACCGUCUACAGCCCAUGCCAACGACACACAUACCUUGGGUCGAGAAGAGCGUGCGGAGGCUGAGAACCCUCCCGACAAUGUCACCCACGACAUUGUGCCUAAGGCGAGCGAUGUGGACCGAUCGGAGACCCUUGCGGGCACAGGAGCGCAUGAGCCGGCUGAAGAGGUAGAAUUGCUUGUUCGAGCCGACCAAGAGGUCGAUGAGCCCCAAUACGUCUAUGACGAAACUCGAGAGCCCGAAGAUGGUGGGUCUGAGCAUGAGGUGCGGGCUGGAGCUCAAGAUCAACCUCAAGAGGAAGAAGAGCAUGAAACAAACAGCUCACAUACAGUGGAGGCCGACGUGGGCGAGACGGACCUUCAGAAUACCAAGGCAUCUGACGCUGACGUAGAAGGUCUUGGGCAAUCCAAUGAAGAAGCAGAGGAUCUUUUCCAGCAUGAAGAGGAUCGACCCGAGCCGGGGUCCAACUACGAACCUUAUGGCGAUGAAGAGCUUUUCGUCACUCAAGAUGAAUUCGGUGAAAACGUGCUGGAAGAUCUCUCCGCAACCAAUCAAGAAGACGACCCAACUCCGACGCUCCAGAACACAGACGAUACGGACGUAUCUCAGACGCAACCUUUGCCCUCCAGCAAUGCUGACACCCUGAAUGAAGAUUCCUCGCACCUAGCUUCGGCUGGUGACGCACAAUAUCCGGGCAACCUUAGUCCUCCCAUGACUCCUGUCAAAGGCAAUCAAGCCAAGCGGAAAGCCGAGGAAGAUGAUGAGCUUCUUCUUGAUCUUGACACACCAGAUCCAAAGCGUCGACGACCUUCAUGA